AUGACUACCGACUCAAAAACCACAGUCCUGGUGACCGGCGGCAAUAAUGGCAUUGGCCUCGCAGCAUGCCAGCUCUUUAUCUCACAGCCCAACUAUCACGUCAUCAUGGCCAGCCGAUCCCUAUACAGAGGUCAGAUUGCCGUAGAGUCCAUCAUAUCCUCGACACAUUCGUCCAGCAGGCUCUCUCUGGUGCAGCUAGACAUCACAUCCGACGGCUCGAUCGCAGCCGCUGUCGAGUCCGUGGCGAGCCUGCGCCAGGACAACAAACAGCAGCGGCUCAAUGUGCUAGUCAACAACGCCGGAAUCUGCCCAACCGAGUUUACCCGCAGCACUCUCCGCGACGCGCUGGAAACAAACGCGACCUCGCCGGCGAUGGUCACAAAAACAUUUGCACCCCUCUUACUGCGACCGUCAUUGACAAAUGACAAAUCACCACCACGCAUCAUCUACGUCUCUUCAUCCCUCGGCUCGGUCCAGCGCCGCACCGAUCCCAAUGACUUCGCAUACACGGCAGACUACAAAGCCUACCGUGUGUCCGAGGCAGCGCUGAACAUGGUCGCGGUAUGCGACGCAUGGGAGUAUGGCGAUAAGGGAGUGAAGGUGUUUGCGGUGUGCCCAGGACCUUGCUGGCGAGCGAGAGUCGAAGAUGCAGGCGGGUGUAGCCAAAGGUCCGGAGACGAGUGCACGGAGCUGUUGGAGAUAGCGGAGGGGAGGAGGGAUGCCGAUGCUGGGAAGUUUGUGUAUGGCGAGGAGGCAGGCGGGACGUAUGCUUGGUGA